CCUCUGGGACCCUACUGCCUGUUCCAUCCAGCGCCAUUCGGCUGCACUCCCUGCCUAUCUCUUUGUUCAGAGCUGAUCACCUGCUGUUGUCUUUGAUACCACCGAACAGGGACCCCACUGGAAAACGCACUACCACUCCCAGGAAUCCCUGAAGUCCUGUAUCCUUGGUGACCGGUUACCAUCCCACAGCCUCCAAGGAGCUGCUGUUGGCUUUUGCCAGGGUCCCUAGACAGAUCUGGGACCUCCUGGGAGCCGCUGUAAGCGUCUCAGAACCAUGCAGCCCUUCAGCCCCAUCUUCUUCCACCUCCUCUUUCUCUUUAAUGGUCUGAGUUCCAGGGCAGCUCCCUCACCAGGGCAGCCUGUGGUCUCUGACCUCCAGGGGAUGCUCCAGCCCUCUGGGAUGCCCACUGGUACUCUAGAAAAUCUUACUAGAGAUCAACCUACCCCAGCAUCCUCUGCAAGCCAUCCUCCUGAGCACUCCGAGACACCACCCUCAGCUUCCCCUCACAUCUCCACAAAAAUCUUAAGGGAGACCCCUAGCCCCAGCCCCUUUCUUUCUCUAGAGACUCCCAUUCCUGACCAGCUCACAUCAGUAGCAGAAUCUCAGGGUACUUCACAAAUGAGUCCCUCCAAAGCAACACUUGCUAAACCUGAGACCCCCAAACCUGACCCAACUGGAAUUUCCCCGUCUGACUCUCCAGAAACCCCAAAACCUAACCCCUCCAACACCUCACCCUCAGAGUCUCCUGAAUCUGUAUACACUGACCCCACACCAACUCUACACCAUGAAUCCCCUGAAAUCUCCAAAAGAGAUACCCCCAAACUCUCACCUGGUGAAGGGUCUAAGAUACCAAGUCCCAGACCCACCCAAGUCCUCAGCUCCAAAUCCCUAGAGACCUAUGACCCCAGUGCCACCAGACACCUAAAUUCUGCACUGGAACCAACCACCCACCCUGAUCCUACAGAAAGUCCACAGUCAGUCUUUCUCACCACUCACAACUCUAAUCCCACUGAUGUCCCCCAAACCCAAUUCCCCACAGCCCCCAACCAAAAUGUAACAGAGAUGGCUAGGACCUCUGACUUGGAACCCAGCUCUAGUCUUCCCACCCAGCCAACAACCUUCAGGGAGGAAGCCACCACUCCCAGUGAGCCAGGCUUGAGUCCCAGCCCAGAAGCCCCUGCAGUCACCCGAGUUGCCACCCCUGGCCUGUCCACCUCAGAAUCCCCAGGGACCAAAGAGCUGCACGUACCCCAGAACUCAGACCCUAAAGGGCCAGAUAUCCCUCUUCCCUCAGCAAGGAUUGCAGGGCCCCCCGCUCCUCUGGAGCACCCCAAUCAGGUAGCACCUGCCCCUCAGAGACACAGCGGAGGAGACACAGUCAACACGAUCAUCGUGGUGGAGCGAGUGAAGGAGACGGGGGUGACUCUGGUCAGCCGCCCACGAGGCUCCGUCGGUGGGGCUCUGUGCCUGUUCUUCGCGGGGACAGGGCUGCUGAUUGGCAUCUUCCUGCUGCUGUGGUGCCUCUACCGCCGAGCCUCCAGACACAGGUCCUUUGCCCACCACCGGCUCCGGGACAGCGGAGAUGAACCAGUCUUGCACCUCGAUGCCCCGAAGGACCCGCUGGAUCUCUACUUCUACGCCCCCGAUGCGUGGGUGCCCUCCCACAUCGCCACGCAGCCGCCACCUUCCACGCCCCCGCUGCCGCCCAAGCUGCCCCCUCCGCCCCGCGGGCCGCAGCGCCUGGAAGCCCUGUCGCCCGCCGCACUGACCCCCAACUUCUUCUGAGGACCGCGCCGCAGACCCGGCCCAGCUUCAAUGCCUUAGCGGGACCCCAGAGCCAGGCUUCCCAAUAAACCACCUCGCCCACC